AUGCUUAAUGUACUUUUGAAACACUCGCACUUAGAUGGAAUUCUAUUGGACAUGACCAAGAAAAUAGGUAGUAGCCUGUACUUUUGUUUGCCCUUAACUAUUCAAUUCUCAGAUAUUGACCAGUGGAACAAAGUAAUUGAGCAACUAGGAACACCAUGUCCGGAAUUCAUGAAGAAAUUGCAACCCACAGUCAGAAAUUACGUGGAGAAUCGGCCUAAGUAUGCAGGACUCACCUUUCCCAAGCUCUUUCCGGAUUCCCUCUUCCCAGCGGACUCUGAGCACAAUAAACUCAAAGCCAGCCAAGCCAGGGACUUGUUGUCAAAGAUGCUAGUGAUUGACCCAGCCAAAAGGAUAUCAGUGGACGAUGCCUUACAGCAUCCAUACAUCAACGUCUGGUACGACCCUGCUGAAGUGGAGGCGCCUCCACCUCAGAUAUAUGACAAACAGUUGGAUGAAAGAGAACACACCAUUGAAGAAUGGAAAGAACUUAUCUAUAAAGAAGUAAUGAAUUCAGAAGAAAAGACUAAAAAUGGUGUCGUAAAAGGACAACCUUCUCCUUCAGGUGCAGCAGUGAACAGCAGUGAGAGUCUCCCUCCAUCCUCGUCCGUCAACGACAUCUCCUCCAUGUCCACUGACCAGACCCUGGCGUCCGACACUGACAGCAGCCUGGAAGCCUCGGCGGGACCCCUGGGUUGUUGCAGGUGACUAGCCGCCUGCCUGCGAAACCCAGCGUUCUUCAGCAGAUGAUGGGAUGGAACACACACACCCGCACACACAGAACCAUACACACACAAGCGCAGACAUGCAAUGACAUGAACACAGCAAGGGAGAGAAUCCAAGCCUAAAUUGAAACCUUUCAGCCUGCUUCUUCUCCAGAGUGCUCUGUUGCAGCUAAGCCAGAUGCAUAUUUAACUUCUAGUUGCUCUUGCUUUGAUCUUCUCCCAAUGAUGCUUACUACUGAAGGCAAAUCAAACACAAUUAGGGAAGCCUUUUCCAUAAAGUGUAAUUUUAAUGGCUGCAAAACCAGCGACCUGUAACUGCCCUUUCAAAUGGCAUGACAAGGUGUGCAGUGGCCCCAUCCAGCAUGUGUGUGUCUCUAUCUUGCAUCUACCUGCUCCUUUUGGCCUAGUCAGAUGGAUGUAGAUACAGAUCCGCAUGUGUCUGUAUUCAGACAGCACUGCUUACUUAGAGAUGCUACUGUCAGUGUCCUCAGGGCUCUACCAAGACAUCAUGCACUGGGGUACCACCUGGUCCAUUUCAUGUGAUCUAUUACUCUGACAUAAAACCCAUCUGUAAUAUAUUGCCAGUAUAUAAGCUGUUUAGUUUGUUAAUUGAUUAAGCUGUAUGUCUUAUAAGAAAACAUGUAAAGGGGGGAAACGUGGGGGGAGUGAGCUCUCUCGGACCCUUGAAGAUGUAGCUCCCAAAUUUGAACUGAUUAAAUGGCACCUGUAUACCAA